AUGGCGCCUCGUCAUUUAAAUCAGUUACCAGGUUACCGCUUUGAUUCGCGACCAGUUAUGCGCAAGUGUGAACUUCAACAAAAAGUGAAGAAAAUUGAGAAAGAACUGGCAGCAGCAGAAAUCACCCAUGAGGAACAGAAGCAUUACUCCAGACAUGCCAGAAGGAACAAUCUCCGUGCGUAUGGGAUGCCAGAGGUAGCAAAUGAAGACACCGAUGCUCUCACCAUUGACCUCAUCGACACCAAGCUCAAACUGGACAUCAGCGUCACGACAAAUGACAUCGAUAGGAGCCACCGCCAUGGACAGAGAUCCCCUCCCUCGGGGGUCGAUCAAUUGAAUUGUUACACCUACUUUGAACAAGUUCAGAACUCGCAGAUAGGGGCAGAUAGAGAAGGAGAUCUUGGUUACAACUCAUUCGGAAACCUACACGGAGGAGCAUUCGAGCACUUGCCAAGAUUGCUGGAAUUAAGUCUCAUCGGGAACAGUAUCGCACACAUUGACGAUGACGCAUUCAGAGGUCUCUAUAAUUUACAACUCUUGAUCCUUCAAGUUAACAGUUUAACCGAGUUCCCUACCGAGCCUCUAAGACUGGUGUCCCACAGCCUUAAAUCCAUACUAUUAGAUGACAAUGCCAUCAGUAAUCUGACGGAUGACGCUCUCAUUACGAUCCCAGACAUCCACCAUCUUUCUCUGGAUAGCAACCACCUCUCUCAAGUACCAGAGGGCGCCCUCCGAGCCACGUCCAAACUUCAGUUCCUCUCUUUGGCCAACAAUAACAUCCGCCAGCUCCACCCCUAUGCCUUCAUCAGCAACCCAAGACUGGAAACAUUAAAUCUUGCUAAAAACAAGAUAAGCUACAUCCCGGAUCACGCUUUCUUCGGCCUUCGCCAGCUUGCUGAGCUGCAUCUCAAUAAUAAUCCCAUCAGGGGAGUUGGGACCAAGGCUUUUACCAACCUUUCCGCUCUUACCGUCCUAGCCAUAUCAGAUGCUAAGAACCUUCAAGAAUUUCCAGACCUAAACGGGACAUUUAACCUACAAGAAAUAACCCUAAACCGAUGCAAUAUCAAACAUCUACCAGAAGAUUUAUGCUCUCAUAUGACAAGUCUCCGUAAAAUUGAUUUCCACUCCAAUCAGAUCAGCGUGAUUCCAGACCUUUCGGGGUGCACUCAACUGAGAAUGAUAGAUCUGAAAGUUAAUCAGAUAACCUCACUGAGGGGUCAACCUUUCUUCUCCCUUUUCCAUCUCCUCGACCUGACUCUCAAAUCAAAUCUCAUCCAGGCUAUUCCUCAAGAUGCUUUCCUCGGGCUCGAAAAUCUCAACUACUUAGAUCUUAGUGAUAACAGAAUCACAGCCAUACAUCCACAGGCAUUUGUAUCGGUUGGAAAACUCGAACAUCUCAAUCUCGUCAGCAACAUGUUCCCAACCCUGCCGCAUGAGGGCCUGACAUCCUUGAUCACCCUUCAGACGACAGAAAAUAAAUACCUCUUGGACAUCCCGCCCCCGGAUUCACUGCCCCGUAUCCAACACAUUGUAACAUCGUACGGGUACCACUGCUGCCUCUAUCUUGGACUGGAUAGAGUAGAGCGCCCUCCAAUGACCGAGACUAUCACAUGGUCAUCGAGGUCCCACUUCCCAGGGUCGGACCAUUUCUCAGAUGACGACAACAGUAGCUGGUUUUCAAGCAUCGCGAUGAUGGAGACUCCGUCCGUCCGGCGAAGCUCCCACUAUGACAACUCAGAUUACUGGCAGUCGAGCCUAGAUAUACAAGAUAACUACUACAUGCACGAUGUAGGGAGUGCAGUCUUCAUCCAGCCGAGUUAUAAUAUCUCAUGUAAACCUCUGCCAGGUCCCUUUCUCCCAUGCAAGGAUCUCUUUGGGUCGUGGUUUCUCAGAGUGAGCGUCUGGUUUGUCUUUCUUCUCGCUAUAGUCGGUAACGCCACCGUCAUCAUUGUCAUCUUUCUAUCUCACUCCAAGAUGGAUGUCCCUCGGUUCCUCAUCUGUAACUUAGCCAGUGCAGAUUUCGCCAUGGGGUUGUACCUCAGUAUCCUCGCGAGCAAGGAUGCGGCGAGCCUCGGUGUGUUCCGUCAAUCGGCUGUCCAAUGGCAGCUGGGGAAUGGAUGCAGGGUGGCUGGUUUCCUGGCUGUGUUCUCCUCCGAGCUCUCGAUAUACACCCUGACGACCAUCACCUUAGAGAGGUUCUAUGCCAUCAAGCAUGCCAUGCAUCUGGAGAAGAGGUUGAAGUUAAGACGGGCAAUCAUCAUCAUGGCUAUUGGAUGGAUUUUCGCAAUCACCAUCGCGACCUUGCCGCUCUUGAAGUAUGGCAUCAAUCACUACAGAUACGCCGUUUGCCUUCCGGUGAAGGUCGAUGAUACUAAGUCUCUGAUUUACGUUGCGACUAUAAUGAUUUCAAACGGACUAGCCUUUGUAAUCAUCCUGCUUUGCUAUACCAGCAUCUAUUGUUCCAUUCAGGGAUCCCAUGCCUGGAAUUCCAAUGACUCCCGGGUGGCCCGUAGAAUGUCCCUGCUGGUUUUUACAGAUUUUGUGUGCUGGGCACCAUUUGCCAUAUUCGCAUUAGCAUCUGCCUUUGGCAAGGACUUGAUCCCGCUGGCAGGAUCGAAGGUCCUUAUUGUUUUUGUACUCCCUGUUAACUCUUGCGCCAACCCUUUUCUGUACACCCUCCUGACAAAGCAGUUCAAGAAAGAUUGCAGGACAAUCUGGAGAAGGUUUGCAACCCAUACAGUCCUGCGCAGAAGAUCCUUACGGUCUGCAGCAACCAUAAGCCUUGGUCGACAGCUUCAGGCCAGUAACACAAUGCAGACUGUUCGAACUCCGUUCCAGCAAACAUCAGUAAGCCAGGAAGGAAUGCUUGGAGAUUACAACGGAGUUGUAGGCGGAGACCGGACCACAACCAAUGAAAUAUUGGAGACAUCCACAACAAUCCCAGGAAACUCUGUUGUUCAUAGACCAUCCUUUCAGUACCAGUUGAGCAGCGACUCUUUCGGUAACAUGCUUUCUCCUGACAUGAGCAUCUCAGAUCAAGAUCAAUCCAGGAGAGGCUCUGGGUCCCCCUUAAUUGAUAGGCUUCGUAACGGCAAGCCAUGUUCCCCAAAGAAGGUUCAGACAGGUUGGACAAGGUUCUCACUCCGUCGCAAACUUCCUUUCUUGAGAAGGUCAGAACGAGGAAAGGAUGUGUCAAUGACAGUCGCUAAUCACGACAGGACAAACUACCUCCCGAAUCACACCAGGAGGAAAUCGUCAGUAGAUGUCAUCAAACAGAAGCGGUUGGAUGAUUUGAUAGAGCGGAGUCAAGAGGUUUCCCCGGCCCCAUCCCCUCUUCGGGGUCAGGAAUUUUUUUCUAGUCCCAACAGGAAUGAGAACAACGACAACACGGACAGUUUCAAUGAUGCCUCAAGCUACCAUACUGCUUUUUGCGAGAGUCCAGCCAGAACUGCCACAAAUGCCAAACUGUCUUUCUCUCGCCGCAGUACGGUGGAAGAGGCCGAAAUGUGCCAACUUAUGGAAUCAAAAAGCUCACAAAGGAGUUCAUGUACUCCACACAUCAAUAAUGAGCCGGACGAAUCAAGCAAAUUCAUCACCAGCUUUUGCACCGAAGAACGUCAAAAUGUGGACCUCGGUGAUGAUUUAGGUGAGGACAUCGUCGCGAAAAGCAAUGACGAAGAUAUAGACCUGACAGGGGGCACCCAAAGUUCUGAGAAAGCGAACUUACACCAUUGGCAUCAACCCAACCAAGGCCCUAUCCCUAGUAUAACCAUCGAACACCUCUCUCCAGCUCAUUCCCAACGGGUCCUUAACCAAAGUAACGUCCUCGAUGAGGAUUUAACGAAAGAUAAACAAGAACCAAUGCUGCAGAUAUUUGGAGCCUUCGAGACCAGACACAUUGGACCAAAGGAGAGCACUGUCUGAAGAUAACUUUUUUGUGAAGAUUUAUGUGCGAUUAUAUUAUAUGCUUUUUUAAAAGACAGAUUUUUCUAAGUUUCAAAAUGUUUUAAAUGUGAAGGACCAUCAUUGCCUUCCUCAAUGGACCUUAUCAAUCAAGUCUCCUUAUAAAGAUAACUUUUUUUUCUUACGAUUAUCUGGUAUCAAAUUAU